AUGGGAGAUCGCGAGAGGGACAUGGAGGAGGGCAACGAGGCCCUCGACCCCGGGCUGCUCUACACCAAGGAGUACUGCAUCGGCGGAGGAAGCUUCGGCAAGGUCUACAAGGGCGUCGACAAGCGCACCGGCCAUGCCGUCGCCAUCAAGAUCAUCGACAUCGAGAGCGCCGAGGACGAGGUCGAAGACAUCAUCCAGGAGAUCGCCAUCCUGUCGGAGCUGCAGUCGCCCUACGUCACAAAGUACUACGGGUCCUAUGCCAAGGGCGCCGAGCUGUGGAUCGUCAUGGAGUUCUGCUCCGGCGGGAGCUGCGCCGACCUGAUGAAGCCGGGCUUGAUCGGCGAGGACUACAUUGCCAUCAUCAUCCGCGAGCUGCUGCUGGGACUCGACUAUCUACACUCGGACAAGAAACUGCACCGCGACGUCAAAGCUGCAAACGUGCUCCUGAGCUCUAACGGCCAGGUCAAGCUCGCCGACUUUGGCGUUUCCGGACAGCUCUCGGCGACAAUGACCAAGAAGAACACAUUCGUGGGCACCCCCUUCUGGAUGGCGCCCGAGGUCAUUAAGCAAUCGGGCUACGACCACAAGGCUGACGUGUGGUCGCUCGGCAUCACUGCCCUCGAGCUGGCCAACGGCGAGCCCCCCUACGCCGACAUCCACCCCAUGAAGGUGUUGUUCUUGAUCCCUAAGAACCCGCCGCCGCGGCUGGAAGGGAACUUCACCAAGGCCUUCAAGGACUUCAUCGAGGCGUGUCUACAGAGGGACCCGAGGGACCGGCCCACGGCAAAGGACCUGCUCAAGCACCCCUUUAUACGCCGCGCUAAGAAGACGAGCUAUCUCACAGAGUUGAUUGAGCGGCACUCCCGGUGGGCCACCACCCACAAGAACGAUGACGAGGAGAGCGACCAGGAGAACGAGAAAUACCACGAGCGACAGCAGGUAGACGAGGACAUGUGGGACUUUGGCACGGUACGGCUCGUAGGCGACAGAGGCGGUCUCGUUCCGCGGCCUGGACUCAAUGCCUUGGACGAGUCGGCUGCCAACUCCAGGGCAGCGAGAUCAAUCGAGAAUACGGAUGACUAUGGAGAGCGGCCAAGGGACAACAGCCCGACCAAGGUCCGCGAGUUUGGUCGUGACCUUGCUCUCGCUUCAGAUACUCUAAAGGCGGCCAUUGCGAAUACGGGAACUUCUCGACAGGCCUCACCACAACGGAAACCAGUGCCGACUACCGCGCCGCAAUCACCGGCCAAGGUGUCUCUUCCAGUCUCUCCAGAAAAGUUCCAGAGAGCUCCAGAGACGCCAAGGCCCGUCUCUCGACUGAUUCCUCCCGCCGUCGCUGUAAGUCAAUCGCCGGACUACGACCGAGAACUGCAGGCCCAGUUGCAGAGAGACAUGGGCUUGCUGAGUCUGGGCCCUGUGAUCCAGCCGGCGGAGUUGCGGGAGCAGGAGACGACGCCGCGGCCACCGCCUCACGGGCCCAGACCGCCCAAUUCCAAUACCAAGCUAGCACCCAUGGCGCUCCCAGAGAUCCCGCCCUACCGCGGUGGGCCGCCGCAGGCCUCACAGAUGUCGCCCAGAAUAUCGAGCCAGUCACCAAACGGGCAAUACUUCCGGCAGCCCUCGGGCCAGGCGCCGCCGCCUCCGCCGUCCAAGGCCCACGCACUGCCUUCAAAGACGCAGACGCCCACACCGGAGCCGGCCCCCUCCGCGUUCCCCUCACCCGCGCCGUCGAACCCCAACGGCGAGCUGGACGCGCUGAACGACGUUAUCUUCCCAGCGCUCGAGGAGGCGCUGAAGAGACGGCAGAUCAGACUGCAGCAGGCUUUCCGGCCGCAGCCCGGCUCGUCGAGCCCCGUGGUGAUGAACCAGGUGACCCCGAAGCAGCAGCGCGCCGAGGCGGCGCACGAGAAGCUGCGGAAGCUCGUAUAUAAGCUCGCCCACGUCUGCAAAGAGAUUGACCACUAUGACAAGGCGGAGCCGGUGGGUAUGGGAAGAGACGUGGGCACCUUCCUGGAGGGACUGCUGGAGGAAAUACUCGUCAGGGUUGAACCCCUCGACGAGGAGGAAGUUGCGGCGUGA